CAAGACUUCUUCAGGAGCUACCUCGCCAUGAUCUCCUGGACAGAAGAUACCAGGUCCUGCAUUUUCUCAAAUAACACCUUGAACCCCAGGAAAGACGGGAAGAGGCCCCUGGCGGCAGAGUUGGACAUACAGAUAGAGCAGAGGUUUAAAGAGUUUGAUAAGCUAGCAGCCACAGGGAGGAGCAUUUUGGAUGAAGAACAUCACCUCACACAGAUGGUGAAAGAACGCUUGGAGGAACUACGCAGCAUGCUUGGAUGGAUCUUGGUUCACUGGAGGGCUCAAAAACAACAGUGGCUUCACAAGAAGAGCAAAAUUGAACCUUCACAAGAUGGCAUCUACACUGAGGCCACGCUGAGCCCCACCGUAACUGAGAAUUCUGCUCCUGCGCUGGUCGCCCACCGGUCACUCCAGUCCCAACUGGUGCCUUCAGUAGACGAUCGAUUAAGAUCGUCAGGAGACAACCAGCCUCCGUCUGUCCUGCCCAGACAAACUGAGCUGCAGGAGAAGCAGAUAGAGGAUGGGUAUGAGGUCAUGAAGAACGGCUACGAGGUCAUGAACAGUUUCUCUCCACGGGCAGGUGAGACCUCCCUCUCAGAGUCCCCCAAACCUUCUAUCACCGUCCUGAAGGACCCUGGUGGCCCUGCUCUGGGGAGCACAGUCAACCUUAUCCUCAGCUUUGGGAACACAGCAGAGAGCCAGGUGCAGGUGCUGGACUUACCUGCUAAGACAGAUGAGGUAAUGGAGGACACCGCUGAGCCUGUGCACAGGGUGAGUACCUACCUACAUGUCAAGGAUAACAACUUGGCUGCAGGCCCUGUUUAUGAGAGCAUCAGCCUGCCUCGCCACAACGGCCGCUCCACGGCCUCGGCCUCCCCUACCCUCUAUUCAUCGUCCUCCUCAUCGUGUUCCUCUGCAUCUGGACCUCAGAGCUCCAAUGUAACCUUCCACCCACUGACAGGGAGCGGCAGCAGUUCCAUCUUCAGCAGCCUCAAGAGAAUGGGUAAGAGGAGGAAAAGGAAAGGAGACGCUCGCAGACACACCAUCCAGAAAAUAAUGGGAGUGGAGGCGCAAACAGAAGAGGAGCCACAGUACGCCUGUGAGGGGAUAAUAUAUGACACGCACACAUGGCCUCUGAAAGAAGGCAGGAGGAAGAAGAGUUCACCAAAGGGCCCUGUUAGUGCUGAUGAAGUAGAAUCUUUAGCCUAUGUGAAGAAUCCCCUGGCGAAGGACAUUGAAACGGAGUGUUCAGGUGAAUACAGCAUUACUCCAUACGCUGUAUCCGAGGGGCCAACCACUUUAUCUUCCACUAACCAGGUGAAGAGCCACUGCAGAUUUAUGUCUUUGGGCUCUGUGCUGAGCUUUGAACUCCCAAAAGACAUGUCCCUCAUUCCCAGCAUUCAGGACAUCAUUACUAUUGCACCACCUGAGUCCAAAAAAGCAGCAGGUACUGAUCCAGAUCCCCACUCUCAAAGACACUUAGCCCUGAGCUCCUUCAAACAGACUCGACCUAAUCCUGUCAUCACACAGGGUUCAUCGGAGCCCAGCACUCCUGAGAUACACACUUCCUCUGCGGCAGUGAAAGCUGUUUCUGAUAUGAACCAUCGAUCCAAACAGGCGCCUUCACUGACCCAGGAUCAGUCCAUACCCAACCACUCGUCCAAAACCGAUGUCAGUGUUUGUGAGGCUGCAGAUCCAUUUAAACGUAAUACUCCUGACAGAAACAGGACCACCUGGCCCUCUGAGCUCCCUAUUUAUGUGAACCAAGCACAAUGUACAGUCCUGCAUAAACACCAGUGUCCCAGCGUCCACACGCGUAUCCGGGACCUGAAUGGACAUAUUUACCACAGAGGUUCAAGACCUCACAGCAUGCACGAGCACAGCUCUGGGCCACAGUACCAGAACCAGGCUUCUCAUGUCAGAGUGAAUCUGAAGUCCACAAUGAGUUUAAGUGUUCGUCAGGACUCGGUCGACUCUGGGAUCUCCACAUCCAGCUGCAUCAAAGUUUCUACUAACACUUUAUGUCCAGAUGCACCUCCAAAGGGAGUCGUGGGGAGGAUCAUGUCCUUUCAGGUGGAAGCUACUGACUGCACUAAACCAAAGGAAGACAUCACCACAUCCUCAACUCCAUCUCCCCAAUCUUCAGAGUCCCAAACAGAACCUGUACACCUAGAUCACAAACAGUUCCAGGAAGAGGAAGAAGAGCUAGAAGACAUUUGGAACCAGACAAACUGCAGACAGAGCAUCAGCUCAGACAUCAUAUACCAGUCCAACCAAGAAGACCCUGCACCCUCACUCCAGUCCACUGAGACUCAUGCUGAGUCACCCUCACCAGAGACCCCAAACGUGCUCUACAGGAACCUGGUCACAGCCUCUGCUCCCAACCUCCUCGUGGCUGAGUUCAAACUGCCAUCACACAUUCAGAGCUUGCUGGGGUACAACAAGGAGCAGAACGCUAACAGGGUUCACCUCCCGCCUUUGGCCAAAGGUGACAGGAGGUCCUGGGCAGCGUUUCCUCACAGGGAGUCAAACAGCAGGACUGCAGUGUUUGUGAAUGAAACGGCGUCUGAUCCAGUGAAGCUGCCAGACGUAUGUGACAAUCAGAGGUACAUCUAUCAGUACAAAGAGGAUGAGGAGGAGGGAGGAGACAUGGUGAAGGCUAAGGUGAUGGAGGAGGUGGAUGAUCACACGGGUUGUUUGAAGGACCAGUCUAUGAGUCUGCUGUCAGUGCACAUGGAUCUGGGUGCGGCCUGUCAGCAAAAGCAAUCGUCACAAAGCCCGGAGCACGUGGAGAGGCAGGGAGAUGUGAUGGCCACAGGAGGGCGCCGUUUCACCUUAAGUGGGAAGUCUGACCUGCAGUCAAUGGAGGGGACUCUGGAGAGGAAACAUAAGCUGCAGCUGGGAGGAAAAAAAGUAAGAAAGACUUCAAUCAGUGUGGGAGCCAGUGGCAUGGCAGCCUCCAGAGGCUGGAAUUCCUACCACGCUGUCCUAUUUAGAAAUACCUUGUGCUUCUACCAGGACAGAAAGGAGACACUCAAGAGUUCUGCCUGUGGCCUGCCUCUGAACCUCAUGGGGGCUGAGUGUUCACCUGCGCCAGAUUACACCAAGAAAUCCAACUGCUUCCGGCUCCAGCUCCGUGAUGGGUCUGAGUAUCUGUUCAACGCUCCCUCACGCUUCAUGAUGAGGAAGUGGGUGAUAAAAAUACAAGCCAACACAGGCCAGAGUGUGUCCAUGUCCUCAGUGUCCAUUGAUCCUGAUGAUCCAGUCCUCCCCAGUUCCCUAAAUCCAUCAUCCUGCCCCAGUUGUCGUGGUCUGGCCAAAUGCCAUUGUUCCUCCCGACAUGAUGUCACCUCCAUGUUCCCCAGGCAUAAAGCGGCGGGCGCCGCCCAAACCAAAGAGAUCGUUGUCCUCACCAGGGAGUUCAGUCAGAUGCCACAGAGUCAUUUAAGGAGUUUGGACGAGCAGUCGGUGAACACAUCCACCCGUGAAGGCUGCUGUGGUGAUGAUGAGGUCAGUACAAAGCUGACGGUGAACCACCGACUGUCUGCUGCGUCCACUGACAGCACCUCCUCCUCGUCCAUGUCCUCCCCUCCUCAUCCUCCAUCAUCCAUUGGCCAGGACUGGCUUAGCAACAAGCGCCGCUCCCACUCCUUUACAUCAGCUACGUACCAGAAAAUAAAACCCAUCCCGCAGCCACCCGGUGGCCUGGACAGAGGCUCCAACUACUGCGUCACCCUGGUGGUUGGAGACAAGUUGUCAGACGGUUCCUCCACCAGCAGAACCUCUGAGCCCCCCCUGGUGGCCGUAGCUGGUUGGCAGCAGGAGGCCCAUCAGGACUCUGCUCAGAGGAGUUACACCAGUCUGCCCAGGCCGCGCAACAAAUCAGUCUUCAAGAAGUUCUUCGGGAAAAAAGACCUCUGACAAAACAGCUACUAAUUAAGAGUAGAAGUUCAUGUGCAGUGCACAUACUGUAUUAUGCAAAAAAAAAA